AUGAAUAUUAAGGAUUUCGAAGAUAAUAAUAUGCGACGUCAUAGAAGAGGUUAUUAUGCAGAUAUUAUUACAAGAACCAAAACAAUUGAUCUUUUACCUACUGCUUCGAGAAGGACCAAACUUAUAUGGCAAAUUCGCACAGAACAUCAUAGUCCAAUUGUGAAAAAUAUUAAAAUACAGGAAACACAUACUUAUCUUGGUGCAGCAGAGCGAUGGGUGACUUUGCCUGAAGAUAAGUCUAUUGUUUUUCCAGCGGAGACAUUUUUGCCAAAAGUACAAAUGGAAUGUACUAUUGGACCAAAGAUUCUGCCGCGCAACGUUGAAAUGGAAAGAAGGCGAAGAAUGUACAAAAAUCUGAAAAUAGAAGAUGCUUUAGAAGCGGCAGGCAUCAAAACAUGUGACAUAUUAUCGCCUGAAAAUAUCCAGACGUUAUUUUCCUAUGAUGAAAAAUAUGAUUUGUACUCCAAGGCAAAUUAUUUAUCGUUGGAACUAUUCGACGAUGAAAAAUAUGAUUGUAGAACGGUAGAUGAAUGGAUAAAUCUUGGCAUCAUCGAUGGUGUUCGUUAUCCGUUACCAGCUACGGUAUUUGUUGAGAAGAUUCUGGACAAAGAACGAAUAUUUGAUGACAAGACGCUGAGUAACUUGUUCGGUUGGUUUCCUGCCGCCAUUAUCGAUUACGAUAACAAGCGGAAACUUUGGACUGUUCUCACUUUAGACGCUCUCAAGCGGAAAUUCCUUUUGCCCAGAAUAUACAUCCGAUUCUUUGGAGAAGAUCCUAGGAAAUUUGCUGAAAGAAUAGCUAAUGCCGUCAAACAAAGAGAAAUUGCUGAAGUUAGAAUUAGAUAUCACUUUUAUUUGGACUGCAUGGUAGUAGAAGAUAUGCCAACACUCGAUGAAAAGCAACAAGAAGUUAUAAUUUUGUCAGCUACGCGACAAGGUUUCAUGAAAUAUGAAUUCAAACAUCUUUCCAGCUUAACGGACGAAGUUAUUUUGGAUUAUCGCCGCGUUAUGUGCGAUCUUAUGUGGAGAUCUCUUAUAGAGAAAGAACCGGAAAUGUUUAAUUUCAUUAUAUGGAGAGAAAUUAAUGAUAUUCACGAGUUCAAUACACCGAAAACAGGAAAAAUUUGCACCGAAAUGGAAGAUUUUACAAGAACGAAAAACUUUUUCCAUUGGAUAGUAUUAUACGUUGUGCCAGAAGUACACGAAGCUAUGCAGUGUGUAGUCAAUGAGUGUUUUCACGUAUCGAAUAUGAAUCUUUUCAUGUCAACUUACGGAAAAUCUGUACAUUUGUCGGAAUUCAAAUCGCAGCAGCAUCAAGAAACUAGCACAGUAAUAAAGUAUAUGAAAGAAACAUGGGUGGAAAAAAUUACGCAAUUAGUUAGAUUGUGUUUAAGAGAUGUCGGAAAAGGAUGGUUUGAUCUUGAGCAACGAAGACACGAUGUGUAUGAUGUAAUGAAAUUGAAAAGAUUCAUGGAUCUUAUUGCAUAUCGAAUGCAGAAUGCGCUUCGGAAUUUGGUGGAAAGGUCAAUUGCUUUCUAUUUAGAAAUGUUGGAAACUCCAGCGCUUUGUACAUUAAAUAUAGACGAAAAUUUUACAUGGGGAGACGACCUCAUAAAUACACAAUUUAAAUCUCCAGUAAAUCCUAUUUUUAAUAUUGAUAUCGCAAUGAAUGAUAAAACUGCUUAUUACUUAAUGGAUCUUGAAUCAUUUCAGGAAGUGAUUACAGAUCUGUUAGACAAUUCUUUGAGCCUAUGUCAUCAAAUUAAACAAGUUCACCCUUUAUUAUUACCCUUCCUAAAGUUUCCCAAAGAUUUGUAUCUCAGUUCAGUCGGCUUACUAGAAAAGCAAGUUUGCGAAGUUCGCGAUCGUUUAAGAACCGCUUAUCGAAAGUCUGUGAUACCCCUAAAGGCAUAUGCAAGCGAGUACCAGCAGUAUUUAGGAAUUUAUAAAUUGAACGUUGAAAAAUAUGUGGAGAAUUUCAAAAAAGUGGAUCACACCGCCGCGGAAGUCACAGAUGAAAUAUCCUUUCACUUCAAAAUGAAAUCAAUUCUCGAAUUUACGCUGCCGAAGGAAAUCGUCAUAGGGCCUUUUCGAGUGAAUAUCCAACCUCUUAGACAAUUUUUGAUACAAAAGCGACAAAACUGUUGUACACAGUUACUUACAAUGUUUACUGAGAGUCUAAGAACGCAGAUCAAUAUCAUUCUAUCUAAUUAUAUGCAAAUUAGAACGAGAUUAAAGGCAAUUCCGCGCGACAUCGAGCAUUUAUUCGAGGAACAAGACUGGAUGGGAACCAUACCUCAAAUGGUCAAAGGUCUGGAUAAAAUUGUACAGAAGUUGAAGCACGAAUACGAUAUUCUCGAUCACUUUUGGUGGAAUCUGUCAGAUCAAGACUUCGAGGCUAAAUGGCAAGCCAUUGGCUUUCCUAGGCAAAUACAGUUAUAUAUGGAAGAGACUGUUGAACGUUUUGCGAAUGAAUAUGAAAAAUUUCAUAAGGCGCAAAUACAGGAUGAAAUCUUGCUUACGGAAAAAAUCAACACACUCGUAGGAAAUGUUACAAACGUAGCGCUGCAAACAGAUAUCAACAAAAUAUUUGAAAUGGCCGUAGAGAUAAAGAGAAUCUGUAAAAUGAUAAAAGAUUGUCAAGAAUCAAGUUUAUUAUUGAAUGAGCGACAGAAAUUGUUUGGUAUGAAUAUCAUGCCAUUUGAACAAUUGAACCAAUUGGUGAGAGAAUUCGAGCCGUAUCAGAUCUUAUGGAUUACUGCAUCGGAUUGGUUAAAAUGGCAAGAAAUAUGGAUGGAAAAUCCUCUAAUAAAUAUUGAUGUUAAUCAAAUUGAAAGCAUGGUUACUGAUAUGCACAAAGCUAUAUCGCGCUGUGUGAAAGUAUUUCAAGAGAACCAAAAGAUAGCUGCUAUAGCGUUCACUAUAAGAGAUCAAAUUGAAGCAUUUAAGCCUUACAUCAGCAUGAUACAGGCUUUGCGACAUCCAGGAAUGAAAACUCGACAUUUUGAAGAACUUAAUAAGCAAAUUGGAAUACAAAUGGAACUUACACCAACCUUAACUUUUAAGAGCUUACUCUUUCUCAGUGUGAUGAAAUAUGAAGAUAUUGUGAAAACCGUCGCAGACGCUGCAGCAAAGGAAUAUUUGAUAGAGAAUGCAUUGGAUAAAAUGACAACUGAAUGGCAAACAAUUAUAAUGGAUAUUCUUCCUUAUAAAAAUACUGGAACAUACAUAAUGAAGAUUUCCGACGACAUCACUACUCUCUUAGAUGAUGAUAUUCUUAAUACUCAGCAUCUCAGUGUCAAUCCUUUCAAAGUUGCCUUUGAAAGCCGAAUCGAUGAAUGGGAAGCUAAAUUGAGAUUAAUUCAGGAAGUGAUCGCUCAAUGGACGGAAGUGCAAAGGCAAUGGAUGUAUUUAGAGCCAAUAUUUUCGUCCGAGGAUAUUAAUCGGCAACUAUCCGUAGAAGCGAGGAAAUUCAAUACAAUGCAACGAAACUGGAGGCGAAUUAUGAAAAAUGCAUACGAUUGCCCAUACAUAAUUAUAACGUGCGCGGAUAAAAUCUUAUUGGAAAGCCUGAAGGAAUGUCUGUUAAUCUUGGAAACAGUCCAGAAGGGUCUGUCGGAUUACUUGGAGACUAAGCGAAUGAUUUUCCCUCGCUUUUUCUUCUUGAGUGAUGACGAACUAUUGGAUAUAAUUGUCCAGUCCAAGCACGUUCAGGCGAUACAGCCGCAUCUGAAGAAAUGUUUCGAAAAUAUGAGGGAAUUGAGAUUCGAAGAUGAUCUCAGGAUAACGAGAAUGUAUUCCGCCGAGUACGAGGAGGUCACGUUACGACCAUCGAUCUAUCCCGAGGGAAAUGUCGAGAAUUGGUUGGGACAGGUCGAGGAUGCGAUGCGCAAUACCCUGCGAGAACUCAUCGGUAAGGCCCUCGAAACAGUGGAAACGACAUCGCGAAAUCAAUGGAUAUACAUGUGGCCGGGCCAAGUAGUUCUUUGCGGGGGUCAAACAUAUUGGACUGCCCAUGUGGAGGACGGUAUCAGGAACAAUACUCUGUCUGAUUAUUAUAAUCUGAUGUUAUUGCACCUGGAGAUAUUUCGAGAAUUAAUACAGAAUCCGCAAACCGAGAUUUUAAGAUUGAUGCUCGAGGCUGUGAUCACAAUUGAGAUUCAUGCCAAAGACGUUUUGCAUAAGUUGAUUCAGCAGAAAAUAAUCAGUGUCAACGAUUUUGAAUGGAUUUCUCACUUAAGAUAUUACUGGAUUGAUAACAAAGAUUUAAAGAUUCGCGCAAUAAAUGCUGAAUUUCCAUAUGAAUACGAAUAUUUAGGUAACAAUGGUAGACUAGUAAUUACACCAUUGACUGAUCGCUGCUAUCUUACACUUAUUGGUGCGUUGCAUCUGAAAUUCGGCGGUGCACCAGCUGGUCCAGCAGGCACUGGUAAAACGGAAACUACGAAGGAUCUCGCGAAAGCAUUCGCGAUUCAAUGUGUGGUUUUUAAUUGUUCUGAUCAGCUUAACUUCAAAUCUAUGGGCAAAUUAUUCAAAGGCCUUGCCAGCGCUGGUGCAUGGGCCUGUUUCGACGAAUUUAAUCGAAUCGAUAUCGAGGUUUUGUCUGUUGUAGCGCAACAAAUUAUAACUAUUCAAAAGGCACAACACAUACGAGCGAACGUAUUUCUUUUUGAAGGAGUUGAACUCACCUUAAAAUCAUCCUGCGCUGUAUUCAUCACUAUGAAUCCUGGUUAUGCUGGUCGAACAGAAUUACCUGAUAAUUUAAAAGCACUUUUCCGACCGGUGGCUAUGAUGAUCCCAAAUUAUACUCUCAUUGCUGAAAUAUCUUUGUUCUCAUAUGGCUUUAUAAAUGCAAAAAAUCUUGCCAGAAAAAUCACAACUAUUUUUAAGCUGAGCUCGGAGCAACUAAGCAUACAAGACCAUUACGACUUCGGUAUGCGCGCAGUAAAGUCUGUUAUUAUAGCUGCUGGAAAUUUGAAACGAGAACAAAAAGAUCUUGAAGAGAACCAAAUCUGUCUUCGGGCCUUGAAGAAUGUAAAUAUUCCUAAGUUUUUGAAGGAUGACUUAAAGUUGUUUAAUGAUAUUGUAUCGGAUCUCUUUCCCGGUCUCAUCGAGAAAUCAGUAGAUUAUGAGAUCCUAGAAGCAGGAAUUCAUAAGUCUAUCGGACAAAUGGGUUUAGAAGACGUCAAUAAUUUUGUGAAAAAGAUAAUUCAGCUGUACGAAACUAUGCUGAUACACAACGGAUUAAUGUUGGUGGGUCCGACAGGUUCCGGGAAAACCAAGUGUUACGAAGUCUUAAAACACGCGUGUACAAAUCUAAAAGGUCGACCACAACCAUGUGGUAAGCCAUUCACAGCAGUUAUCUCGCAUGUAUUGAAUCCAAAAGCUAUAACAAUAGGUCAACUAUAUGGUGAAUAUGAUCCCAAUAUACACGAAUGGACAGACGGAAUAUUGCCAACUUUAAUACGAGCAGAUAUAACAGCAGCGGAUCAUGAUAAAUUUUGGUACAUUUUUGAUGGACCGGUCGAUGCAGCUUGGAUUGAGAAUAUGAACACCGUCCUGGAUGAUAAUAAAAAGCUUUGCCUUUCGUCAGGGGAGAUAAUAAAGCUAUUACCAACUCAAACCAUAAUAUUCGAAGUAUCUGAUCUUCAAGUGGCUUCCCCGGCUACAAUAUCUAGAUGUGGUAUGGUAUACAUAGAAUCUGAAAAUUUAGGUCUGCAACCUUUAAUCGAUUGCUGGAUACGAUCAUUACCAAAGGCGAUGAACGAUUACGUCGAAGAAAUAAGAAGUCUAACAGCUCAAUUAGUAUUUCCCGGUUUGAAGCUUGUACGAGAAAGUUUACGAGAAAUCGUGGAUACGGUAGAUUCCGCCAUUGUUCAAUCUUACAUAAAUCUAAUGAACUUCAGAAUCAGACCGAUGGUCGGCCGCGAAGGAAAAGCGCCACCAAGUUUUGCUUUCCAAAGGACUAUACCGGAUUUGCUGUCGCCAUGGAUAGCUUUUGCUAUAGUUUGGGGAUUAGGUGCUAUUUGUGAUUAUAAAAGCCGAUGUAUAUUUAGUGAUUGGCUGAGAAAAAUACAAAAGGAUGCUCAACAUAAAACACCGUUUCCAGAAGAUGGCCUUGUAUUUGAUUACAGAUUGCACGAUGGUGGAUUCACCGAUCCUAUCGAGGGUCAAGAGCCAAUUCCACCGAAGUGGUACAAAUGGUUGGAUGGAAUUCCACUCAUCAGAAUAAUGCCAGAAACAAAAUAUACCGAUAUCGAGGUUCCAACUAAGGAUAACGUGCGAAGCACUGCAUUAAUUGAAUAUCUUCUCGUGAACGAGACAAAUAUACUCUGUGUGGGUCCGACCGGAAGCGGUAAGACUUUGACGGUGUCGGCGAAAUUAUCGCGUAACAUGCCGAAAAAAUAUAUUUGCGACAUCAUGACUUUUUCGGCGCGAAUUACGGCGAAUCAAACGCAAGAUUUAAUUGACGCGAAAUUGGACAAGAGACGUAAAGGUAUUUACGGGCCGCCGAUCCUGAAAAAACAAAUUUUUUUCAUCGAUGAUUUGAACAUGCCGGCACUGGAUGCGUAUGGUGUUCAACCACCAAUUGAAUUAAUCCGCCAAUUUAUGGUUUCAAACGGAUGGUACGACAGAAAAGAGAUCGGAUCCUUCAGGUUCAUCGAGGACGUAAAUUUCGUCGCAGCUAUGGGACUUUCCGGAGGUGGAAGAAACCCAAUAACUGCCAGACUUCUACGACAUUUCCAUAUUAUUGCGUUUCCAGAGAUCGAGGACGACGCCAAAUCACAUAUCUUCAAAACAAUUCUUAACUCAUGGCUAUCAAAUACACCAGAACUUGAAAAUAUGUUGGAUGAUAUAGUGAACGUUACUUUAAAAGUUUUUACAAAUACAUGCAACGAAAUGCUGCCAACUCCUAAUAAAUUCCAUUACACUUUUAAUCUUCGUGAUUUGAGUAAAGUUUUCCAAGGUAUACUUAUGGCGGAUGCGACAAAAAUGCUAACUCGUGAAAAACUAUUACUACUUUGGUAUCAUGAAAAUAUUCGAGUCUUCAGUGAUCGAUUGAUUGACGACGAAGAUAGAAAAUGGUUCGAUCAAUUCUUGCGAGAUAUAUUAAACGAAAAGUUUCAUUGUGAUGCUGAUAAUUUUAUUGGAGACGAAACAUUAUUUUAUGGUGACUUUUGUGGUAUAGCAAAAGAAUAUGAACAGAUAACAGAUAUAAAACAAAUGGAAAAAAUUUUACUUGAUUUUUUGGAAGAUUAUAAUAAUUCAACAAUGUCACCGAUGCAAUUAGUACUGUUUGAAGAUGCAAUGAGUCAUAUUUGUAGAAUCAUGCGAAUUCUUCGACAAUCUAGAGGAAAUGCCUUAUUAUUAGGAAUGAGUGGUUCAGGACGUCAAAGUCUGACGAAGCUUGCAUCGCACAUCCAAGAGUACAAUUGCUUCCAGAUUGGAAUCAAUAAAGCUUUUACGAUUCAUAACUGGCGAGACGAUAUCAAAAAUAUAAUCUUAAAAGCAGGAUUACGGAAUCAAUCUAUUGUCUUUCUGUUUUCUGAUACGCAGAUAAAGAAUGACUCUAUGUUGGAAGACUUGAAUAAUAUUUUAAAUAAUGGUGAUGUUCCAAACAUAUAUCAAACUGAUGAAAUAGAAAAAAUUUAUCAAGCAAUGCGAGCACCAGUACAAGAGACUGGGCUUCAGAUCAAUAGGAGUAAUCUUUUCUCCGCUUAUCUGAAGAGAGUCAAAAACAAUUUACACAUUGUCAUCACAAUGAGUCCAAUUGGAGAUAUAUUUCGCGCUCGUAUCAGACAAUUUCCGGCGUUAGUAAAUUGCUGUUCAAUUGAUUGGUUUUGCCCCUGGCCGGAUACCGCACUUCAGAGCGUAGCGACGCAUCUUUUAUCGGAUAUCAAAGACAAAUCGAUCACGGAUAAAAAUUUGCAAUCUAUCGUAAGGAUAUGUCAAUAUAUGCAUUCCAGCGUGAUUGAUGCCAGUGAACGCUUUUUGAAAGAACUGGCACGUCAUAAUUACGUUACUCCUAUGUCGUAUUUGGAAUUGCUCUCUGGUUAUGGCAACCUUUUGAAAAAGAAGAAAAACGAAUUAAAUUCUUCGAUGACUCAUUUAUCUAUCGGAUUAAGCAAACUAGCAAGCGCAGAAGCAGAAGUUAAAGACAUGCAAGAGCUAUUAAAACGUAUGAAGCCGGAGAUAGAAAAGGCAACGGAAGCUACAAUAAAAAUGAUACAAGAAAUUACUCAAGACACGAUUGAAGCGGAAAAAGUUAAGGUAGUAGCAAUGCAACAAGAAGCGAUGGCAUCAAAAAUGAAGCACGAAAAUGAAGCGAUUAGAAAUGAGGCAGAGACUGAUUUAAAUGAAGUAAAACCAAUGCUCGAAGCUGCCGAGGCUAGCUUGAAAGCAUUAAAUAAAAAUGAUAUUGCAGAGGUAAAAGCAAUGAAAAGACCGCCAUUAGGGGUACUUUUAGUAAUUGAAGCAAUGUGCAUUGUGAACAAUGUAAAACCACAUAAGCAUCCUGGAAAGCUUCCCGGGGAAAAAAUAUUAGAUUACUGGACCCCUGGGAGUCAGAUGCUAGCAGAUCCAAUUCAUUUUUUGUAUACAAUGGAGCAUUUUAGGAAGGAAGAUAUUACGGAGGAAAUGAUCAAUAAACUUAAGGAUUACAUAGAAAAUCCAAACUUUGAACCAGCAAAGGUACUUCAAGUGUCAAAAGCUUGUCAUUCUUUGUGCUUGUGGGUCCACGCUAUGUACAAUUAUUAUUUCGUAAUUAAAAAAGUGGAACCUAAAAUGGCAGCUUUGGAGAAAGCCGAGAAAAUUUUGGUUGAAACUGAAAAAACUCUUGCAGUCGCUAUAGUGAGGCUGCGAGAGGUAGAAGAAGGUAUUGAGAAACUGCAAGAUCAAUUGAGGGAGAAAGAAGAGAAAAAGGUCGAUUUAGAGAGACAGAAACAGCUAUGUGAGGAACGAAUAGCACGAGCCAUGAGAUUGAUCGUGGGUCUGUCAGAUGAACAGAAGCGAUGGAUCAUCAUGGUAGACGAUAUAAAAGUGUCCUUAAAGAAUACUGUUGGUGACAUACUUCUGUCGUCAGGCGCGAUAGCAUAUUUGACGCCCUUUACGGACACCUACCGUCAGGAACUCCUGGCAAUCUGGUACAAUGCUCUCGGCAGCGAUGUACCUCAUACUCCAGGCAGUAAACCGGUAUUGACACUCGGCAAUCAGAUGGAGAUACGAAAUUGGCACGUUAACGGUUUGCCGAGGGAUGCCCUAUCUGUCGAAAACGCGGUUCUCGUGAUGAAUUCAAAACGAUGGCCUCUUUUCAUCGACCCUCACGCACAGGCGAAUAAAUGGAUACGCAAUAUGCAUAAGCCAAAUGGACUUGUAAUAGCAAAAAUAACAGAUAAGAACCUUUUACGUGUCAUUGAAAAUUCUGUGCGAUUCGGGAAACCAUGUUUAAUCGAAAAUGUCGGUACCGAACUGGAGACUACCCUAGAUCCGAUUUUUACGCGUUCAUUAUUUAAGCAUGCCGGACAAUUGAGUAUCAAAAUUGGUGAAAAUAUCAUACCUUACAAUUUCGAUUUUCGUCUUUAUCUAACUACGAGAUUGUCAAAUCCGCAUUAUAUUCCGGAAAUAAUGAUGAAAGUACUAAUAGUCAAUUUUGCGCUCACUGUUAGUAAUCUUAUCGAUCAGAUGCUAUCUCUAGUCACGAUACAAGAACGUCCUGAUCUCGAGCAAGAAAGAAACACGAUUAUUGUAUCAUGUGCUGAAAUGAAACGGGAUCUAGAAGCAAUUGAAGAGAAAAUUCUUCACAAACUUGCAAUAUCUAAAAAAUCGAUAGUUGAUGACAUUGACCUGAUUCUUACCUUGGAAGCCUCCAAAACCAAAAGCGAAAAAAUCAAGAUAAAGAUGGAGACUGCCGAACUUACGCAAACAAAUAUCGAUUUAACAAGAUCAUUGUACAUGCCAGUAGCAAAUCGGGCACAAAUAUUGUUUUUUUGUAUCGUUGAUCUUCAGCAUAUCGAUAUCAUGUAUCAAUAUUCUCUAGAAUGGUUCAUUGUUAUAUUUAACAACAGUAUAUCAAAUACCGAAAGAAGUGAAAAUAUUAAUAAACGAAUCUCAAACAUCAACGAGAACUUCACAUACACGCUCUUUUCGAACGUAUGUCGUAGUUUAUUUGAAAGACACAAAUUGCAUUUUGGCUUUCUUCUCUGUGCACGUAUUCUCUUGGACAAUAAAAAAAUCGAUCCGAAAGAGUGGCGACAUUUUCUUACUACGGUCGCACCAAAAUGGGAAUUGUCAAAUCCCGCACCAGAAUGGAUUACCCCAAGAUGCUGGAGAGAAAUUCAAGCUUUAGAGAGGCUUCCAAAGUUUGACAAAUUCGUGACAUCUUUCCAGUUAUCUUUAAUCCAAUUUAAAAAUAUAUUUGAUACUCAAGAAGCGCAUUUAGCACUGUUUCCCGAGCCAUGGAACACGAAGCUCAACGAUUUUGAAAAGUUGCUAAUACUCAAGUGUCUACGGCCUGAUAAGCUUAUUAAUGCUAUACAAAUCUACGUGAUGAAAUCGAUUGGUCGGCAAUUUGUUGAACCACAGAUAGCGGAAUUGUCGACGAUUUAUAAGGAGUCAUCCAAUAGCACGCCGAUUGUCUUUAUCUUAUCACCCGGUACAGAUCCGGCUACAGAAUUAUAUAAAUUUGCCGACAAACUAAAGAUGGGCAGAAAAUUGUAUUCGAUAUCUCUUGGCCAGGGUCAAGGGCUCAGAGCGCAGGCUAUGCUGAAACAAUCAACGGAGAUAGGCACUUGGGUCUUUUUUCAAAAUUGUCACUUGGCACCAAGUUGGAUGCCACAACUCGAAUCUCUCGUUGAAACAUUAUUACAGGAAAAUAUUCACCGAGAUUUUCGAUUGUGGUUGACAUCCUCACCCUCUCUCAAUUUUCCCGUCAAUAUUCUUCAAAACAGCAGCAAAAUGACGAUAGAACUACCGCGAGGUAUAAAGGCAAAUAUGCUCUGUGCAUAUCUGACACAAGUGACAGAAAUGGAAGAGCUUCUGCAAUCCGAUCAUCCAAAAGCUUCGCUAUUCAAGUGGCUUAUAUUCUCGCUUUGCAUGUUCCAUUCCGUACUUCUCGAGAGACGAAAAUUUGGUUCCCUUGGCUUCAAUGUAUCCUACGAAUUUACAAGCGGAGAUUUAGCUAUAUGCUUGUCGCAAUUACACAUGUUUCUUAUGGAAUAUGAUACUUUACCCUUUAAGAUUCUCAAAUAUACUGCUGGACAUAUUAAUUAUGGUGGACGAAUAACAGACGAUUGGGAUCACCGAUGUGUUCUGACACUUCUUGAAGAUUACUAUAAUGCCAAUGUGCUCUCCCCAGAUUAUCAAUUUGACGAACAAAAUAUUUAUCAUCAGCUACCAGUUGCAGCGUUAUUUGACGAUUAUCUAGAGUAUAUAAAGGGUCUUCCUUUAAACGACAACCCGUCACUGUUUGGCAUGCAUUCAAACGCCGAUAUAACAUGCGCUCAAGCAGAAACGUAUAUCUGUCUCGCAACUUUGUUAAGCAUUCAGCCCAGAGAACUCGAUAUUGCAGCUGCAAGUAGCGAGGAAAUAACAAUUCAAAUAAUCAACGAUAUGUUUGCCACGAUGCCCGAACUAUUUGAUUUAAUCACAAUGCAAGAGAGAUAUCCUAUAUCAUACGAAGAAUCUUUUAAUACCAUAUUACUGCAAGAAGCCAAACGAUACAAUGACUUACUUGAAAUCGUGCAAUCAAUGUUGCAAAAUCUUUUGAAAGCUUUAAAAGGCUCAAUCAUUAUGUCAGAACAACUCGAAAUGAUGGCUAUUAGUCUUGUUAACAAUAAAAUACCCCCGAAUUGGCAAAGUUAUCCUUCUCUAAAAUCUUUAGCCGCGUGGUUCAUUGAUUUAAAAGACAGGAUUAAAUUUAUAAGUGAUUGGCGAGAUCAUGGUAUACCGUCUGCAUUUUGGAUAUCAGGUUUCUAUUUUCCUCAAGCCUUUUUAACUGGCACAUUACAAAACUUCGCGCGGAAACACAUAGUAUCUAUUGACACGAUCGAUUUUAGUUACAAAGUUUUAAUUUCUAAGCCAAAACAAAAACCAUCGGAUGGUUGUAUUAUUUAUGGUCUUUUCUUAGAAGGUUGUCGAUGGAAUGGAAAUUAUCUCAUAGAAUCUUUACCAAAGGAAUUAUUCACUGAUAUGCCACCAAUCCUUCUGUUACCAGAAAUUAAUCAUAUAAUUCCAUCGCAUGGUAUUUAUAUAUGUCCUGUAUAUAAAACUAUCGAGCGCUCUGGAACUUUAACAACAACGGGACAUUCCACAAACUUCAUUCUAGCAAUGGAAAUUCCUGCUGAUAAACCACAAUCGCACUGGAUAAAAAGAGGAGUGGCAUUGAUAUGUGCCUUAGACUAUUAACAUUUCUCUGUCCCUAUAUGUCAUAUAAUUUAUGACUUGUGAUAU